AUGCAGAGGCUCUUCCACAAAAAACAAAGGACGCCCCUGGGCUUCUGUGAUGGCCUGAAUAAUAUCUUCGUGGGCUUUGGGAGCAAGGAUGAGAAAGGCUGUCGACCACCCAAAUACCACGCCAGCUAUGCGCCUUAUUAUCCGAUCCACAAGGCCGCAAGCACGGGCGAUGUCGACACAGUAAAGAGCUUUGUCGAACGGGGAGUUUUUGCUAUGGAACAAAUAGACUGGAAGUACAGGACUGCUCUGCAUUUUGCCUGCGUCUAUGGCCAUCCUGAGGUGGUGACUCUCCUGGUGGAGAGCGGCUGUGAGAUUAGUCCAAAGGACAUUAAAGAUGCUACACCUCUAAUUAAGGCCUCCCAAUGCAGACAGAUAGAAUGCCUUGAUAUUCUCUUGAAGCAUGGUGCCGACCCAAACAUCAUGGACUGUAGCGAAAACACUGCCCUGCACUACGCUGUCUACAAUGGGGACAUCAAGACAGCCACGAAGCUGCUCGAAUACAAGGCAAACAUUGAAGCAGUAAACGAGAACAAGAUCACACCACUUUUGCUUGCUCUGAAACAAAAUAAGGAGAAGAUGGCAGAAUUCUUAAUCAACAAUGGAGCUAAUGCAAAGACAUGUGAUUUCCUGGGAAGAAGCAGCCUUAUGUAUGCUGUAAGGUGUGGGUCAGAACUUAUCAUCAAGCUGCUGCUUCAAAGAGAUAUCGAUACCUUUAAGCAAGAUGUUUUUGGAUGGACAGCUAAGCGCUAUGCUGUUGAGAGUAAAAGCAAAGUAGAUCACCAGGAGAGAUGCUUGCAUGACGGUAAUGACUUUUAUACUAGCAUUGAAUUACUAAGUAGGUACUGUGUAAUGUAUUUGAUAAUUAACAAUCAGUUACCUGUCUCAAAGCCCAUCAUGUCUGCCACGAAAGUGAAAAACCCUCCCCAGAGUGAAGCAAUGGAAAAGACAGAGGCAAGACCAUCAGAGCCAGAACAAGGCUUAGGAGUGUCCUCAGAGAAAAAAGCAAAGACGUCUGACCACAAUGAAAAUAACUGGCUACUGGACAGUCAUAACUCUGGGGAUGAAGAAGAAAACAGCAGUGACAUCACAAAAGGCAGAGUUUUGGCAUGGGUUGACAAAGAUGAUUCCUUGCAGAAAGAAGAAACACAGCAGCCUGCAGGGAAAAGUAACCAAGAGAAUCCUUCCAGUAAGCAAAUGAAUAAUGAUGACGUCACCUAUGCUAAUGGGAAGAAUAACAGCAAUAAGCCGUCCAUAUUCCAGGAAGGCGACGAUUCAACUGAGGACUCUGAGGAAGCAGCAAAAGAGCAAGCCUUGGGACAAGAUGAGGAGCCCAAGUCACAGAAUGAUGAAGACGCAGACCAGACCACUGAGGAGGAAGAAACAGAGCAGCCAUUAGGACGAGGUAACCAAGGGAGUCCUCAUAAGCAAACAGAUUACACGAUGGCGGAAGAAGCACCAGAGCAGCCAGUGGGCAAAAGUAACCGAGGGAGUCCUUGUAAGCAAAUGAGUAAUGAUGGUCUCACUUAUGCUAACGGUGGGGAAAACAGGAACCACAGUGAAAUGCUUGCAGAUAAGCAUGAAGAUUGUUUAAUGCUCAAGCACCACUAA